UGGCUUACCUUCUCCCAUUCAUACUCUUGGAACCCCCAACAGUUAUUACAUGUAUACAUUCCUUAUAAAAUCUGGUGGCCAAAGGGGUUCUGUGCACUGAAGCACUGCUUGAUUUGAAGGGGAUGGAUCAGAAACUUGAGUCGGGCAAAGUAUGCGUUACCGGGGCAUCUGGCUUUCUGGCAUCUUGGCUUAUUAAACGACUUCUCUUGUCUGGCUAUCAUGUAACUGGAACUGUUAGAGACCCAGGAAACCAGAAGAAAUUGGCGCAUUUGUGGAGGCUGGAUGGAGCUAGGGAAAGGCUCAGAUUGGUGAAGGCUGAUUUAAUGGAAGAAGGCAGCUUUGAUGAUGCAAUCUUGGGGUGCCAUGGUGUCUUCCACUCUGCUUCCCCUGUACUGAAACCUUCAUCUGAUCCAAAGACAGAAAUCCUGGAACCAGCUGUUGAGGGUACAUUGAAUGUGCUAUGUUCGUGCAAGAAAAAUCCGUCUCUAAGGCGUGUGGUUCUCACCUCGUCUUCUUCAGCUGUAAGGGUGUUGCAUUCCUAA